UGAAGUACGUUGAGGAAUGUACAAAUAGUUAAAAACUAUAAUGUAAAACGCACACACAAGGGCGAAUAAUCAGUCCGAUUGGCGAAAUUCGUUGUUCUAAGGUAAUAACGUUUCUUCCAUGUUAUGUAAUAGAACUCAGUGUUUCAACGUGUCCAGUCGUUGAAUUGAUUUUUUUCAAACAAAAGCCGAUUUUUAUUAUAAAAGAAAAAGGUUAUAACGGCUGUCCCUUACCCAAGCAGAGUGGUUUCAAUUUGUGUCGUAAUUUGUGUCAGUAAAUUUUUUGUUGCAAUAAAUUAAUUUCAGUCGAUCGGUUUUUAAAAAUGGAACACUUGAACGGAAUACAUAUAAUUGACUGCAAAACUAUCAGUGGUAAGCCUCUGAAGGAAAUCGAAAAUACGAUAGAGUUCAAAGAUUUUGCGGAACAGUUCGGCAAUGGCAUGAAACUGAACGGAAUCGUUUAUUUGAUAAACACGGGGAUUGAAGAAGCGGCGAUUUCUAAUUUCGAACAAAAGUUAGCCGAAUUUUACGCACUUCCAGUCGAUAAUAAGAAACUGUACAGUCCGGAAGCAUUUCAACUUCAACAAUAUGGUUCUUGGGGAUGGAAGGGACCAACUGCUAGUCAAAUUGCCAAGAACUACACGCUGGAAACAUUUGACUUUACCAUCAAUCCACGAUUCGAAGAUGAUGCCCUGUAUCCGAAAGAAAUCAACGGGUUCAAGGAUGCUGUUUUUACAUUUAGAAAACAAACACGCCUCCUGAGCACGAAAUUAUUGCGUAGUCUAGGUGAAUAUUUGGACUUGGCUGAUAAGGAUUUUUUCGUUCACAAUCAUCGAGCGAAUGAAGAGAACUAUGCGCUUUCCAAAUUUUCCGUUCGUACAUUGUAUUAUCCCAAAGAGCCUGUGCUUCGCGAAACGGCAGCAAAACUGCGACUACCAGAACAUCAGGAUUUCGGAACGCUCUCACAUAUCUGUCAAACUUCGAAAGCUGGAGGAUUACAGGCUAAACUGAGUACUGGCGAAUGGGUCGAUGUUGCCUACAUUCCGAAUAGUUUUGUCGUGAAUGCCGGUAGAUCUUUGGAGAUGUGGAGUGGAGGCAACAUUCCGGCUGUGUUCCAUCGAGUGGCGUGGACCGAUAGAAGCUCAACGGAGAGUCGAAUAAGUUUUGGAUGUUUUCUUGGACCCGAUAGAGACACUUGUUGCUUGCCUCAGGUGGAAGAAAAUCCUGAUUGGAGACCAGCUUACACGAGAAUGCAGCCAGGCGAUAUGUUCGAUGAUUAUUUUAAAAAGCAAGCUCAGUUAGCUGAGGAAAUUAAUUCGAUUAAGUAAUUUGUUUUUAAAAGGGGGGGGGGCAAGAUGCGUAUAAUGUACAUUUCUAUCGAAUUUUAUGUUGACGAGAUUGAUUUUAAAUAAAAUUUCAAUU